GUCCUUGCACAUAAAUUAUACUAUAUUUUAAUAACAAAGGAAGAAUUCUGAUGUUUAAAGGAAAAUAAAACUUUAUCGAGCAUGCCGACUUUAGGUAAAUACACACACGCUUUAAUAUCACGGGUACCCUCAUCAUACCAAUCCGUUCAAACAAUUGACGGUGCUUGUAUCGACAUAGAUCGGGCUCGGGAACAACAGGAGAACCUGGUUCGAUGUCUCCGGGUCCUAGAUGUUGAUGUCCUUGAGCUUCCACCCGACGAGGAAUCACCGAAUUCAGUUUUCAUCAACGACUGUGCCGUGGUUUUGCAAGGUUUAGCUCUGAUAUGUAAACCUAGCGGAGACAGAGCUAAUGAUGUAGCAACAGUCCGAGCAGUUCUAAAGAAGGAGUUGGGAUUUACAAUCUUGGAGCUAGACUCUCCUACAGCACUGCUCAAUGCUUCCGAUGUUUUGUUCACGGGGAAGGAGUUCUUUGUCGGAGUUGGGAAGGAGACGAAUACUGAAGGAGCAAUAAUCCUUGCCAAUACUUGGCCAGAGUAUCCUUGCACACCUAUCAAGUUAGAAGGGUCUAAAAGAUUACGGGAUCGGAUUACUCUGGCUGGGACGAAUGUUUUGAGUAUAAGUUCCGGGGAUACGUCUCAAACCUUACUCAAGAGGAUUAAUAGAGAAGCGUCCCAUAGGUACCAAACCUUAACCCUGCCUGAGGAGGAUGCUGCAAAUUGUCUGUUUGUAAAUGGAACCCUGAUUCACAUAGUUUCUACUGAAGCUCCGGAGUCGGCUAAGGUUUUUACGGAUCGGGUAGAUUAUCCUCAGGUUUCGGUUUCUCUCUCCGAGUUCCAGAAAACAGGCCGAGGACUUACAUCUGUCUGUAUCCUGGUUAAGAAAUCUAAAACUAUCCGAACCCUCUAGUCCAGAACUAGAAUAUAAAAAGGAGGAAUCUCGCGCUUGCAUUAUUGGAGCUCCAUGUUGUGUGCCAUCUUUAAUCUAACAACUAAUUUGUUUGUUUUUUUAAAUCUCACAUUUUUUAUCAUUUAGAUUUGUCGUGCAAUAUUGACCUUUUUAUCAAAUAUUCCCUAAUUAAUUCACUAAUCAAAAACAUUAAGUUUAUGCAUAUUUAUGUUUAGCUUAUAGUUAUGUCUUUCAGAAUAAUAAUUUACCAAAAAAAUAUUUUAUAAGUAUUUAGUUUUAUUUGUUAAUUCUAUGAUGUCUGGGUGCUAUUAGUAUACCUGUUAACUCAAAAUGUCCAUUAGUUUUCUUUAAUUCAGAAAAUAGUUGUCGUCAGUUAUGAAAACGAGCACAAAAUUGAUAUUAGCUUUAAAAUCUUGCAUUGCUUCCAAGUCGUAUGUAAGUUAAAAUUUAAUUUGUAACCUUUAUUAGGGACCACGCUUGUGAAAAUAGCAGAUUUUUGUUGUGAUUUUGGUCUGUAAUCUGUAAUAUUUGUAUUUUUGUUGUGAAGCAGAGCUACUUUUUCUCAAUUAAAUCCUGCCAUGUUUUUAAAUUUACACUUUUUUUUAAUAAAUGCAUGUAUGUACAGUGCACAAAAUUUAGCAUAUACCAUCAAAUAUAUCUUGAAUUUAUUUUUUA